UUAAUUAUUAGCAAAAGAAUAUUCGACUCUCGGUGUGGGGUUCCCAAACCUCGUCUUACUUUUAUUAGUGCGCCGCUCCAACGUAUUUUCCAUUCAACUCUCAACGGUCGACGCGUAAACAUUGCAUUUAACUUUCGUGCUCUGUGUUUUCGUUUGAGUUUUUGCGUGUUUUUAUUUAUACCCAUCUAUCUGUUUGAGUUAUUGUGUUCUGUGAUAAAUAGAUGCAGCGCUAUCUGUGUACCGUUCGCUGCGUUCCGUUCGUCAAUUAAGAGAACCAGCUGAGUUCACGCCCUCUUCUCUUCCUCCGCGCCGUCCCCGCGUCACCGCUGCUCCCGCCGAAUGCAAAUGCAGUGAGCGCGGCAAGUUAAUUGAAUUCGAUUUGAUUGCAAUAAUCUCGCAGUGGGCAGGAGUCACGUCACAGCAUCAGCAUGGAUAUAAAAUUCCUGAUGAUUCUCAUCCUGGGCUUCGGCUUUCAGUUCGUCUUCACGGCAUUCCAGACCAUGUGUAACAUUGAGAAAACCAUACUGGACAGUAUCUCCAAGGAGGAUGAGAACUUCAAGGGCGAGGGCUACACCAGCCUGGCCAUCAUCUACCUGUUCUUCUCGCUCUCCAACUGGCUAGCGCCUUCUUUUAUUUCGUUUACGGGUCCCCGCGUGGCCAUGGUCGUGGGAGCAUUGACCUAUACGGCUUUCAUGAUUACGUUCAUGUUCCCAUCGACGGUGCUGCUGUACGUGGGCAGCGCAGUGCUGGGGCUGGGGGCAUCGAUCACUUGGACCGGCCAGGGAACCUACCUGGCGCGCUGCAGCGAAACGACCACCAUCUCCCGCAACUCUGGCGUCUUUUGGGCUCUGCUGCAGUGCAGCAUGUUCAUCGGCAACCUGUUCGUGUACUAUCAGUUCCAGGACAAAACCGUCAUCGACAAGGAGACCCGGAAUUUGGUCAUCGGCGUGCUAACGGUGAUAGCCAUUUUGGGCAUCGUCUUUUUAGCCGCCCUGCGAUUCAUGGCCGACAAUGCCGAGCACGACAACGAGCUGGAGCAGAAGCAUACGGGAUGUGGACAGGCCAUGUAUGCCUUAAAGUCGGCCGGUCAACUUUUCUGUACCAAGAAGAUGCUACUCCUCAGCCUGGCCUUCUUCUAUACAGGACUGGAGCUGUCGUUCUUUAGUGGCGUCUUUGGCUCCGCCAUUGGAUUUACAACGAAAAUAGCGCAGACACCGAAAGAGAUCGUUGGCCUGGUUGGCAUUUGCAUUGGAGCUGGCGAGGUCUUUGGAGGUGGACUCUUCGGGAUACUGGGCAACAAGACAACGAGAUAUGGACGCGAUCCCAUCGUCAUUGCCGGCUACGUGAUGCACAUGGCGGCCUUCUUCAUGACGUUCAUCAAUCUGCCGAACAGCGCACCGUUCAAAGAUACCAACGAUAUAUCCUACCUGGAUCCGCCCAGCGCCAGCAUUGCUCUGGUCUGUGCCUUCCUGCUGGGCCUGGGCGAUGCCUGCUUCAACACCCAGAUCUACUCGAUGCUGGGCGGCGAGUAUGUGAACAACGCAGUGGGGGCUUUUGCCCUGUUUAAGUUCACCCAGUCCGUGGCGGCGGCCAUCAGCUUCUUCUACUCCUCGCACUUCGGGCUGUACGUUCAGCUGGGCAUACUGGUGGUGACCGGAACCAUUGGCACCAUCGCCUUUGUGUUCGUCGAGUGGGGCUUCAAGCGGCAGCACCGGGAGCAGGAGGCGCUGGAUAAGUAAUCAAUCAGUAAUCCCACCUACUAAGGUAUUAGGACUAGCCACUAUUGUCCACGUUUGUUGAAUUCCUCGGAAGUGCGCUGAAUCCGUGCGACUGCGACGUCUUCCUAGACAAUAACUGUUAAGUGUUGUUGUGCGCUACCGUUGCUAUAUUGUACGUAAUGCGUAUUUUAAUGUUAGCAUUCCAAAACGUAAUCAUAAUCUAGUUGUCUAUGUUUUUAUAUGUGUGUAUUGUAUACAGUAUAUGUAUGUGCGUUUAUUUAUUUUAAGCAGCGAGUGUGCAAUUGUAAAUGGAUAAUUAAAGCGACAGAUUUUGAGUAUUAGUGAAA